CAAUCAUUCAUCACUGGAUUGCGAGCGCAACUUGACUAUGGGGCAUGUUGUGGCCUCGUUGCACGUCCCCCUUACGUGUGCUAUGUUUGUCUCUUUCUCAGCUGAUAAUUGCCAGGAUGUUUCGAGUCUCAGGAUGGUCAUACCCGUAAUGCAGUUCAGUUGUGAGGUUGCAGUUGUUGCAUCACACAGCAACGGAUCAACAACACAGCUCCUUCUCAUCAUCUCACCUCAUAUGAGCCGAGCGACCUUUCCAUUCCAACGUGCGUAUCUCGCCCAGUUGCUGGUUUACUCAUGCAGGCAUGAUAGAGUCAUUGGUUGCAUGUCUCUCACCGCAUCCGAAGUGGACUCAUCUUUUACACAAGACUACGCUAUUGUCGCCGGCGCAGCGCUCAUAUUCUUCGACCAUGCCAUAACAUUCGGCCAGGAGGUCCAGCUAUUCUGGGGCGAGAGAUCGUUCUCUGCUUGGUUGUUUUUUGCCAAUCAGAUGCUUGCACUGAGCUAUGCGAUUAUUUCCGUUUGGUCACUCGUGAACCUUGACACAGUAAUGUGGUUACAAUACUGCGAGUAAAUGCCGUAUUGCG